AAAAAUAAACACAAAUAAAUUAUAAUAGCUACAUAAUUAUGGCUUCAAGAAAACCAUCGGUGAGACACCCAAACCACAGCCAUCCAUUGCGCGGCCACAAAGCCCUAGCUGAAGAAGAGAUCAUCUGCUCUGGCUGUGACCUAGACCUAAUAGGUGCAGCUUUCAAAUGCACAAAGUCAGAAUGUGAUUACUUCUUGCAUAAGUCAUGUUUUGAUCUUCCACUUGAGACUCGUCACAAGGCUCACCCUGAUCACCCUUUGACCCUGCUUUAUUCCUCACCGUACGAGUCCUCAAUUUAUGAGUGCAGCGCGUGCGCUGAAUAUGGAACCGGGUUCGUUUACAACUGCUCUAUCUGUCAGUUUGAUUUACAUGUCGGGUGCAUAUCUAUGCCAGAGUCCGUAGAACGUGAAGGACAUGAGCAUCCUCUAACAUUGAUGUACUGUUCUCCUGCCCCGGAUGGUUUUCUCCUUAUCUGUGAUGUAUGUCGAGAGAAUGUUCCGGAUCACCUAUGGUGUUAUUACUGCAAGGAAUGUGGUGAAUAUGGCACGCAUUUACAUUCUUGUGAAGUAGAAGAAAAAGAAGAGCCAAAGAGAGGAGGAAGAGAAAAGACGAGUACAAGUGGCAAUAAAGGAGGAGGACGAGACUCCGCUGCUUCGGAGUUAGCUGCAAUGCUUGAAGCUCAAAGGGAGAUGGAGAGGAUGCAGAUUGAGUUAGACACUCAGCUGAUGAUAGCUAAGAUGGCGAAGAAAUCAAGAAAAGCGUGUCUCAAAAGUAUACGAUAAAGUUGAAAACAUAUUUCAUAUUUGUUUCUCUCGAGCUUUCUUGGAUUCUAGGAGCUCUCAAACUCAAUGAUUGACCUUUUCAUGUGUGUUUUACAUUGAUUUAUUUCU